AACGUAAGUGUGCUGCAUAGCGUUUUCGUUAUUAUAUUAUGCCAUUAGAGAGAUAGGAGAUCAUUUAUGAUGACUAAGAGUUGCAAAGAAAACAAAAGAUAACUAGACGUGUAUUAACAAAGCAUCUUUAUCGUCCUUUCAGUUCAUUCAAAGGUGUUGUAUCUUUCUGAGAUUCUUCUCGUUUGGUAAAGAAAUAUGAGAUGGAAAGUUAGGAAAUGGGAACUCAAUUAAUUAAACUGAAAUUGUAUCUAAAAUAAAGAAAAAAAUGGAAAUUAAAUUACAUCCUAUAAAUGAAAAUGGAAAUCUUUCUGAAUGCCCAUUAAUAUUGACUGAACAAAAAUCGUAUACCCUUGGACGAAAAUCAGAUAAUAAAUUUAGAAUUAAGAAUAAAUCUAUCUCUAAAUAUCAUUGUGUUUUUAAUCAUAAUGAAAAUGGAUUGUCUGUUGAAGUCUUAACAUCUAGAAAAACGUUAUUUAUUAAUGAGAAACAAAUUAGAAAAGGUGAAAUUGAAUAUUUAAAUAAUGGCGACAUCGUAAAAAUUGGCAACGAAUGUAAAUAUCUACUUAUAAUUAAGAUAUCUGAAGUUAAAGAAUCAGAAUCUUGUAUUAAUGCUUUAAAUGCUUGUACAACAUAUCAAGAUGGCGAUAUUAAUAUUAAAUCGGAACCAAUGUCAUUUGAGAAUCGAAUGGAGAAUAAUGAAGAAAUGUCGAAAAUUUCAUUUUCUUCCACGAACGUCAAUUCUAAUCAAAUAACAAAUGUAAUACACGCUAUGGAAAAAAAUUGCGAACAUUUUUCAAAUGAAAAUAAUUCACAACAAUUGCAAUUUCCUUUAUCUAAUCAAAUUUCCAAUUUAAAUGAUGCAAUGGAAAUUUCAAUUGACGAACAUGAUGAUAAAUCAUCACUUCUUCCACUAAGAGCAGUAACAAAUUCUUCCACAUUAUUGGCAUCAGUUGUUUUACCAUUACCAAACUUGUCCAGUUUACAAGAAACAACAAUAAAUUCAGAACAAAAUGAAAAUUCCCUAGAAACAAUGAUAAAAAUUGAAAAUCCCGAUAUUCCACCGACAAAUUUAACAUUUUUUACAAAAGAUCCUUCAUUUGAUUUAACUACAUCUCAAAUGGAGGAAAUAAAAAAAGAAAAUUUAAAUGAUCCUCUUUCAGAAUUACAAUCAAAUGUAGAAUUAGAAAAUUCAAAUAAUUUUUCAACAAAUGAAAUUAAUAUUACUCAAGAUCCUUUAUCGCAAUUGGAGGGAAGUGAAAUUUUAGAAGAGAGAAUUAAAAUUGAAAAUCCCGAUAUUCCAUCGACAAAUGUAAAUUUUUUUACAAAUGAUCCAUUAUCUCAAUUGGAAGUUAUUGAAGAAAGUAUAAAAAUAGAAAAUCCCGAUAUUCCAUCGACAAAUGUAAAUUUUUUUGCUAAAGAUCCUUUAUCUAAUUCGAGAACAAAUCAAAUGAAUUCACAAAUAAAUGUCGAAAAUUUCAAUAAUCCUUCGACAAAUUUAAAUCAUUUCGUUGAAAAUUCUUCAAUUCAAUUGGAAUCAAAUGAAAUUCAAAUGGAAAUAAAAAUCGAAAAUCCGGAUAUUCCAGCGACGAAUUUAAAUUUUUUCGACGAAAAUUCUUCAAUUCAAUUGAAAUCAAAUCAAAUGAAUUCAGAAAUAAAUGUCGAAAAUUCCACUAUUUCUCCAAUAAAUUUAAAUCAUUUCGUUGAAAAUUCUUCAAUUCCAUUGGAAACAAAUGAAAUUCAAAUGGAAAUAAAAGUUGAAAAUCCCGAUAUUCCAGCGACGAAUUUAACACUUUUCGAUGAAAAUCCUCCAUUUCAAUUGAAUUUAAAUAAAAUUCCACUCGAUAGAAUAAAACAAGAAAAUUCCGAUAAUCAAUCAACAAAUUUAUUAUCUACAAUUGAAUUGGAAUCAAAUGAAAAUUUACAAGUUGACAAAAAUUUGGAAUUAGAGAAACAAUUAUUUAUUAAUACAGAAAAUUGUGUUCCUCAAUUAUUGGAAGAUGAAAUGGAAAUUGAAAUCGAGGAACACGAAAUAAAACCAUUUAUUGAAAAUAAUGAAUCAGAAAUAAAUAAUUUAACAACGUCAAUUCUUCGAAUACGUAACGAUCUUAUUGGAUUUCAACAAGAAACGGAAAAUUCAAAUACAGAAAUAAGAAUAAAAGAUGAAAUAAUUGAUUCGUCAUUUAAUAUUGAGACUGAUAAUAAUAAUCAUCAAACCAAAGAUAAUAAUAUUGAAAUAAGAAAUAAAAAUCACGAUGAAAUUAGGAAAAAAAGACGACGUGAUUCCAAUGAGAAUAUCAGUGAUUUUAGAAUAAAGCAAGAAAAUAUUGAAAUUGAUGAAAAUUUCACAAGGCCAAUUAAAAGAGAAAGAAAUGAUUCAACGGAAACAAUUGAAAAUUAUUCUUCAUUAUUAAAUUUCGAUAAUGUUAAACAAGAACCAAUUGAUCAUGAAAUAAGAAAUUAUUCCAAUUCUUUUGAAAUAAAUGAAGAGAAAUCUGUUAUUUUCAAUGAGAAUAGAAAUUUAAAUACAUCAUACGAUUCAGAUUUUAGUGAUUGUUCAACUGAUGAUUAUGACGAUACGAUGUUAACAAAUAAAAAUCUCAACACUUCCAAAUCUUCUCAAACGGCUGUGAAAGUACCUGAAACAAAUUCUGUAAAUAAUAUUAAUAGUGAAUUACAUUCUAUGAGUGGAAAAUUAAGUAAUGAUUUAUCAAAUGAAAAAAAAAGUGAUGGUAGAAAAAAAGACAGUAGGGAAAAAGAAAAGGAAAGAAAUAGAAAAGAAAGGGAUAAAGAAACGGAAAGUAGAAGAAGAAGAAGAAGUAGUAGUUAUUCAGAACGAGGAGGAAGAAGAAAAGAUUAUAGAAAUGGAGAGAAAUCGGAAAGAGAAGGGAGAAGAAAAAAAGAAGACGAAGGAAAAAGAAGAAAAGAAUCCGAAGGAAAAGGAAGAAAGUACGAUGAAGAAAAAGUAAGAAAAGAAGAUGAGAGAAGAAAAAAAGACGAGAAAAAAGAUUCAAGACGAGAAAAUUAUGAAAAAGAGAGGCAAAUUAAUAAAGAACAUUCAAAAAAAUCCACGGAAUCAAUUACAAAUGAAUUUCCAAUAAAUCAUCAAGAAGCAACGUGUUCUAAUUUUAAUAACGAAAAUUCAAAAUCAAUGGAAAAAGACACGUUAAGAAUUGAUUCAAGAUUUCGUAAUUACACUGGAGGAAGAGUUCUCGUCGAUGAUGAAUUUCCCGAAUCAAGAGAGAGAUUUACCAGAACAAUUGAUACAGGAAAAAGAUUUCCACCACCACCACCACCACCUUCUGCUUACAGAUCGAAUAUCACAAAAAAUAAACCCUCGGAAAAUAUUUCCCGAGAAAGAUUUCCAUCAGACGAUAUUAGAACGAAUAAACCAAUUGAAAAGAAAAAAAUUGGAUUAGCAGAAUAUAGAAACAAAAAAAAGGAUUUGGACACAAGACCACCAUCAUCAUCAUCAUCAAAUAAUGAAAAAUCAACGAAUCACGGCGAUGAAACUGUUCCACUUACAACAUUCAGACAAUAUGGAAAUCGAGUACAAAAUUUUAGAACCGAACCCCCUUUAAGAACACAAGAAUCCAAUGCCAAUGUUGUGAAUCCAAUUUUCAAUGAAUUAAGAACACAACCUCAGGGAAUUAGAACGCAAACAACAGCUCCGUCUGAUCCUCGAUUAGCGAGACAAUUUGAUAAAACUUCGUUAAUUCCCGGUACGAUUCCACCCUUAAUUCCAGGAACAAUUCCGCCAUUAAUUCCCGGUUCGGUUCCUCCAUUAAUUCCCGGUUCUGUUCCUCCAUUAAUUCCCGGUUCGGUUCCUCCACUAAUUCCCGGUUCAGUUCCUCCAUUAAUUCCCGGUACAAUUUCACCGAUGAUGCAAGGAUCUGUUCCAUCGAUGAUUCCAAAUCAAAUUCCAAAUGCAAUGAUUCCCGGUUCGGUUCCAUCGAUGAUUCCAAAUCAAAUACCAACAGCAGGCGCGACAGCGUAUCCAUAUAUUGGAGCAGGUGGAAUGAUGAAUUAUUUCUUCAUGCCUGGUGGAUAUUUUCCUGGUAUGUAUCAAUUUCCCUAUGGCACUCAACAAUCAUUGGAUCCGAGAAUAAAUUCAUCAUUUCCAAUGGCAUUUCCAAUGAAUAUGCCAGGAGUAUCGUCAACGGAAACUAAUCCUACUGCCGGUACUAGCAAUGAUAAUAAUUUAGAUACAGAAUUAUCGCCUAAUGAUAAAAUUUUGGGCAAAAAUGAUGAAAUACAAAGCGGUAAUAAUGAAAAUCGAGUGAAAUUAAGCAAGGAAAUUGUUGAUAUUAAGGAGAAAAAUAAACGAACUGCAACGUGGAUUAAGGAAACAAUGAAAGCUAAACCUGAUAUUAUUAAAAAUCCUAUUCAUAAAUCACGUGACGAUAGAUCAAGAAAACGUGAUAAAGGAGAAAUGAAUAGAGAUAAAGGAGAAAAUGAUAAAAGAAAAGAACAUAGAAAUAAUGAAAAAAUUAAUGAACCAACAAUAAAAAUUGAAAAGAAAUUACCAACGGAAUUUGAAUCAGAGGAUUUGGGUGAUCAGGUGUUGAUGAAAAUUUUCUCAUGGGGUCCACAAGUUUUUUUUAAGAAUAAUGCGCUUGAUAUUCCUGAAUUGUAUCUUAGGAAACAACUUCUAUUAAAUUAUGAGGAAUAUAUGGAAUAUAAAACAAUGUUUUUUAAAUUAAUUCUUUAUGUACUUACUUCACAAAUGCAAGAAUCAUUCAAUGCAAUGGCGGCAGAUGUUGGAAGUUUUUAUAAAUGCCGCAUGCUUCCGGAUAUUGGUCAGAAAAUAAAAAUCAAAGAUUCAAAAUUCUACCUAGUGCCUUUAUAUUUAAAAAUUAAUGUACCAAUCACAACAGAUGUUAUCCCUCCGGCUGUUGGAGAUUUACUCUUAAUAACGAUAAGCAAUAAUUCUAAGAAAUUGGAAAUUUUUGGUUAUAUGGAGAAAAUAGUUAUUGAAGAACCAGAUUGCAGUUUAUGGAAAUAUGUAACAUAUUUAGUGUCAGUUAAAGAACAAGAUUUUAAUAUACACAAUAGCACUAUUUCUGAGGUAAAAAUAAUUGUAAAUAUUCGAUCUUUUCUUGAGAAAGUUAGAGCAAUUUCACAUUUAGAAUCAUCGCCACUACUUCCAUUUAUAUUACAACCAAAAAUGCAAUUUACAACACAAAAACCAUUGGCAUCGGAUUUUUUCAAUAAAACUGAUUUAGUCUAUCAAGACACACUCGAUAAUCAACAAUUGAAAGUGGUUGCAAAAGUAAUGAAUUCAUAUUUGAAUAAUGAACCCGAUGUAUGCCUCGUUCAAGGAUCUGCUGGCACUGGAAAAUCAAAUGCUAUUGUCAAUAUUAUUUUUCAACUUUUUGCCGCACUUAGGACUGAAGAAGAAAAAGCAAAUUUUCGACUUUUGGUCUGUGCAGCGUCUGACGCUGAUAUUGAUUGGCUUUUAACUCAAGUUAGUAAAGGAAUUGAAGAAUUACAACUGGAGAAGGAAGUAAUUAGAAUGGUUGUAAUUGGUCCUGACGAGGGAAAACGUGAACGAACAAAAGAAUCGAGUCUAAGUCGAUUUGCUAAACAUCAUGUUGAAUCAGAUGUUCAUAAAUAUCAGGAAUCAAUGGGUCACAAGUCCUUACAGGAACAGGCAAUAUUUAUUGAAGAACAAGUUAAAAAUUUAAGGGUAAGAUUCGAAGAAAAAAGUUGUUCGAGUGUAUAUUUACAAAUGAGACUUCUCAAUAAGUACUAUCAUAUUGGAAAAAGUGGCAGAAUGGUGAAAAAUAUGACUCCUAUGGAAAAAAAAGAAUUGAUUGACGAUGCGGAAAUUACAUUUUUAGCUGGGGCAAAUUUAAUUUUUUCAACUAUUCAAAAUCUGUCUGGCACAGUAAUGGAAAAUUUUCAGAGAAAUUAUAAUAUUCCUGUUUGUAUUGUUGAUGAAGCAGCACAAAUUCAAGAAUUAGAUACUUUAAAAGUUGUUGCAUUCAAAGGAAAUACGUUAGUAUUAAUGGGUGAUAAGUAUAAAUUUCCGGCAUUAGACAUUCCCUUGCGUCUAAAAAGAUGUGGAUGGGAAAAUUCUUUAUUUCAUCGCCUAUUAAGUAACUGUGAUUAUUUACAUCCCGUAAUAAAUUUAAAAACACAGUACAGAAUAACACCCAUAAUAGAACGAUGGUUAAUAAAUAGUCAAAUUUUUAAAUUAAAUACAUUAAAAAAUACAGUGGAGGAGAAAAUAAAAUUUCCAUUGAAUCCAAUUUCGGUUUUUAAUUUAAAUCACACUGAAGAUUUGGCCAUGGACGAGGCAACUUUCGCUGCAACUUUAAUGCAUUGUAUUGCACAUUAUGGUGAUUUGCGAAGAUUGUCUAGAAUUAUUUCUAUUGCAAUAAUUAUUUGUGACGCUGAUGUUCAAGAACUUGUCGAGAGAGAAAUUGAAAAUAAAUUAGAGAAUGUUUUACCUGGCAAAAGGCAACUUAUGAAAAUUGAAGUGGGAACUAUUGAUAAGUUUCAAAAUUAUGAAGCAGAUAUUGUUCUUGCAUCUUGUGUGAGAAAUAAAAAUCUUGUUAGUUAUGUAGGAAUGCAAAGAUUGUAUUCAACUGUAACAAGAGCAAAACAUUGUUUAAUUAUUUUUGGUCGAUUUGCAAGAAUUGGAAAGUAUAAGGGCGACUGCGAAUGGCACGAUUUAAUCGAUAAUACGAAAAAUAUCGCUCACAUCAGUGUUUAUGAAGAAAAAGAACAAUUGAGAAGAUACCUUCUUAAAUAAAUAAGUUUAGUUUAAAUACCAAGAAUUAUUUCAUUUUUUAAGUAUUAUUUAUAUAUAUAUAUUUUUUUUUCUCCCCGAAGAAAUUGUACUUACGCGACACCUAAAAGCCAAUAUAAUUGUUAAUAACAUACGGUUCUUUUUAUGUAAAUAUAGAUUUUAAGUAUAGAAAGUCUAUAUAUAGAAAUAUAUGUUAUAUAUUUCCGA